AUGUCCGAAAUGUCAUCGAACCAGGGAGCUCCGAAUAUGGGACUUGGGAAAGUGAAGCAGUUAAGGCAUCGACAUUCGCUAACGAUCGAGACGAAUCCACUUCAUCUGUUGCCAUCAAACAUGCGCCGAUUCUCUCAAGCUGAUUCACUAAGACAUCCAGCUGCACCACUUCUAUCAAAGAUCGGCAAGAAACCUCCAGAAAUACCCGAAGGAGAUACAAUGGAGAAAAAGAUUGAAGUGAAACCACCAAAUGAACAAAAAUGA